CGACAGCCUCGAACGGCAAGCAUUUUCCGAAAGUCAUCAUUAGAAAACAUCGGCAGUCCAGAGGAAAAAUAAAGUUUUAUUCGUUUAAAAUAAUCCGCUUUUGUCGAUAGUGCAAAAUAAAUUGCGUCCCCCGUGAAAUGGCCGGUACAUUGGAGGAUAAAUCGAUCUGGGAAGAUGGCGAGGAAACCCUGGGCGAAGAGGUACUGCGGAUGCCAACCGACGAGAUCGUCAGUCGGACGCGUUUGAUGGACAACGAAAUUAAGAUCAUGAAGAGCGAGGUCAUGCGAAUCAAUCACGAGCUGCAAACGCAAAACGAGAAGAUUAAGGAUAACACGGAAAAGAUUAAGGUCAACAAAACGUUGCCCUAUUUGGUUUCGAAUGUGAUCGAGCUGCUGGAUGUCGAUCCGCAGGAGGAGGAAGACGACGGAGCGGUGGUGGUGUUGGAUUCGCAGCGUAAGGGCAAGUGUGCCGUUAUUAAGACUUCCACUAGGCAGACAUACUUUUUGCCCGUUAUCGGUUUGGUUGAUCCGGAGAAGUUGAAACCGGGUGAUCUGGUUGGGGUUAAUAAGGAUUCGUAUCUGAUUUUGGAAACACUUCCGGCCGAGUACGAUGCACGGGUGAAGGCUAUGGAAGUGGACGAGCGGCCAACCGAACAGUACUCCGAUAUUGGUGGUUUGGAUAAGCAAAUUCAGGAGCUGAUCGAAGCCGUUGUGCUGCCGAUGACGCACAAGGAAAAGUUUAAGAACUUGGGAAUUCAUCCCCCGAAGGGGGUUUUGCUUUACGGACCGCCUGGAACUGGUAAGACUCUGCUUGCGCGUGCUUGUGCUGCUCAAACAAAGUCGACCUUCCUGAAAUUGGCUGGCCCGCAGCUGGUGCAGAUGUUUAUCGGUGACGGUGCCAAGUUGGUACGGGAUGCGUUUGCCCUGGCUAAGGAAAAGGCUCCGGCUAUAAUUUUUAUCGACGAACUCGACGCCAUCGGCACGAAACGUUUCGAUUCGGAGAAAGCUGGCGAUCGUGAAGUGCAGCGAACUAUGCUUGAGCUGCUCAAUCAGUUGGACGGUUUUAGCUCGACGGCCGACAUUAAGGUUAUCGCUGCGACCAAUCGGGUGGAUAUCCUGGAUCCGGCUCUGUUACGUUCCGGUCGUCUGGAUAGGAAAAUUGAGUUCCCCCACCCGAACGAGGAGGCUCGAGCCCGAAUUAUGCAGAUUCAUUCGCGCAAGAUGAAUGUUAGUCCGGACGUGAAUUUCGAGGAACUGGCCCGUUCGACGGAUGAUUUCAACGGGGCACAGUGUAAGGCGGUGUGCGUCGAAGCCGGUAUGAUCGCACUGCGACGAUCGGCCGUUGCCGUCACCCACGAGGACUUCAUGGACGCCAUCAUGGAGGUGCAGGCGAAGAAGAAGGCCAAUCUAAACUACUAUGCUUAGGAGGCGAAUAACUUCUGCGUAAUUUGUAAUACAAAAUGAAAUGAUUUAGUUAUUAAAGCUUAUCUCUAU